CGUCAUAUCCCGGCGACUCUGAGAAGUUGCCGUGUGUUCACUUUUAGAGCCAAAAUCCUUUCCAGCUUUUUAUUUAUUUAUUUUACUGCAUGGCGGUUUAGUUACGAAAUUGCAUCUUGCAAAGUCAUGAAGAGAAGUUGUCAAAAUGGGAAUUCACGGAUUAUGGAGUUACGUUGCAAGCAACUCUGAAUUCUUCAGUGACCUCAAACUGUCACGCAUGAAGAUUAUCAUCGAUGGUAACAGCUUGUAUCAUCGGCUCUAUUUUACCUCUGGCAUAAACCAACAGCAUGGCGGAGAGUACGAUGCGUUUGCGGAUAUCGUGCACAGAUUUUUCGACGCCCUCUUUGUCUGCAACGUGAAACCAUAUGUCGUGUUGGACGGAGGCUGCGACUAUACUAACAAAAAGUUUGAAACUCUGAAGCAGCGUGCCCAGGAGAGAAUUAGGGCGGCACACUGCUCUUCAAUGGGAUCUCAUGGCUGUGUGUUGCCAUUGCUGGCUAGAGAAGUUUUCAUCCAAGUCUUAUCUAGACUUCAGAUCCCCUUUGUCCAGUGUUUGUCCGAAGCUGACUGGGAAAUAGCCUGCUUGGCCAGUCAGUGGGCCUAUCCAGUCUUGACGAUGGAUAGCGAUUUUUGUAUUUUUAACUUGAGCGCUGGGUUUUGUCCUCUUGUCAAUUUUGAUUGGAAUCGAAUCAAGAAAUGUAAGCAGACAUCCCAGUUGUAUAUUCCAGCAAAGUGUUUUUUACUCGAUAAACUUUGUAGGUAUUUUGAUAAACUGAAUAAGGAUCUCCUUCCUCUUUUUGCCGUGAUGAUUGGUAAUGAUUACAUUAAUAUCAAUGCCAUGGACACUUUUUUCUCUCGAGUAACUUUCCCAGGGAGCUCCAAUUUAAAACGAGACACGCAUGCCCGCAUUCAUGGUCUUCUGCAUUGGUUAUCCACUUUUGGAAACCCAAAGGAAGCCAUAGAGAAAGUGGUGGAGUGCCUCCACGAGCGUGACAGAGACGCAGUUCGAGAAUGCCUGUGCUCGUCAAUGAAAGAGUACAAGUUGUCAGCAAGCCAGCUGGCCGAUUAUUUCACCAGCGGCGUGUCCUUGUCCAGUGUUCCGAGAGUAAUGGAUGUGCUGCCGCCUUGGGUUGUGAAGGCCCUAGGAAAAGCAGAACUGGCACCUUAUAUUAUCGAUGUUCUGGUGUUACAGAGAGUUUUCCUGAUUCCCCAAGUUGAGAACAGCAGACUCUCCAGCAGCCACAUGUGUUCUUUGCCAAUUCGGCAAGUCUUGUAUGGGCUUCUAUUACGUGCCAAAAGGCAAUCGUCAACAGCGAGCGGUGAAGGAGUUGCGAUUAAAGAUAAAGUUCACCAGGUGGAAGAAUUUUCCAGACAGGAUGUUGCACUCAAGAAAAGCCUCAUCCAAGCCGUAGUACCAGCCUCCACAGAAUCUGUUCUUCUGGAGAAUAUAGUAACGGUCCCAGCAUCGGUGUGCCGUCAGGUUCUCCUGGAGACGCUGGGCGUGACGUCUUCUGUUGCCAAAACUGUUCCUUCCCACUUGAGUUUAGCAGCCUCUGUUACAUCUUACUGGCUCACCCAUUCAAAUCCUAAGCCAAGCCUGCUGCAUCUUCAAGCUGUGCUCCUUGGAAUUGUGUAUGGAGAACUAUGCAGAAUAACUAAAACUGCAGAUCCUGCAGCAUCCCAUGAGGACGUUAAGACAACAUGUUGGGCAUUGCAGAAGCUGCACAGAAUACCACGGUGGAGCUUGAAUGUUGAUGUUGAUGUUGCUCACAUAUUUUCCCAGUGGCAGACGUCUCUUCAGAUGAGUUUUUACCUAAACCAGGUUCUUCGAUGUCCACUUCAAGAACCAGAAAUACAGUGGCUCUACAGCGGUACCUUCAUGCAUCAGAUGUUCCGGCAGCUCAAUUCUAAAGCCACUCCAGAGUCCCUGCUAUCUGGGUCUGCGUUGGCUUCCGGACUCUACGAGAAUCUUCUGACGGCCGUCACUUCAGAGUUACCUUUGGAUUUUUUCCACCCAAAGAAAAGGGGCAAAAAAUCUGCGGCUCAAAAGAAAGACAGCAAAUCAAAAAUGAGCAAGAAUGAGAGCAAGAAAUCUCUUCAGAACACAGAUAAUCGAUUUGCUCUUUUGUCACUUGACGAAGAUUAAGUGUCACCCAAAAUCCUCCCCUCACUUGCUUUUAACGUUUGUGUGACAUCUGAAGCGUACAAAUCUGAUGGAUCACAGCUUUACUCAACGUGCACGACGCUGUUUUCUGUAUUAUAAAUUUACAAGAAUGAUAUGGCCUUCCGUUGGGAAAACAUUUAUAUCUUUUUUAAAAUGAAUGAUAAUAUGAAUUGUAUCAGUUCUGUAUUUUCUAAUAUUAUGGACAGUCAUCAGUUUCUUUUUUUAUAACAUCAGAAAAACGUUUGAGGAGAACAGGCCAUUCAGCCCAACAAAGCUCGUCAGUCCUAACCACUGUGCUAGAAACACAGACCAGACAUCGUGAGAAGGUUUGGGGCAGCCACCCGUAGAAUAUCCCUGGCUGCAAAAGGCUUCUGAAAAUAACAGAGUUGUCCAAAAACAGAACUGAUUCGUUGUUGGAAGAUGGCGGCUUUAAAGGCCCGUAUAAGAAGUGACGUCAUCUAAGGGGCCGGAACUAGAAGUGACAUCGUCUGGGCCGAAAGUGACAUCAUCAAUGGUCCCAGAACCAGAAGUGAGGUCGUCUGGGUCGGAAGUGACAUCAUUGAAGGGCCUGGAACCGGAAGUGAGGUCUUUGGAGGUGCUGGAACCUGGCAGGAUUUCUCAGGAAAGUUCUGCAGGGAACUGAGAAAGACAGUCAGUGCACCUUUAGCUGCCUCCUACUCUCACGUGUGUGACACCACUUAAUUCCUCCAAAGCAUCAAGUUGAGUUUAAAUGUCCCCAGAGUUCUCUCGUCUACCACACUUAUUGGUCACUUAUUCCAGAUAUCUGUGGUUCUCCAUGUGAAGAAAAACUUCUUAAUGUUUGUGUGAAAUUUACCCAAAAUAAUUUCCAGCUGGGUCCCCGUGUUCUUGUUGAACUCAUUUUAAAGUCACCAUCUUGAUCCACUGGACUAAUUCCUUUCAUAAUCAUGUCACCCUUUAAUUACAACUCUCUCUUUGUGGGGACUUGUUUUGAGGUGGCCCGUUGGAGCUCCUCAUGCCUGCCUACCACCUCAGAGUUCACAGAGUCACCAAUCAGCUCCUCAGGGUCCUGAAAAUGGCUUGACACGUCUAACUCUGGGGUUGAUGCCCCCAGGCAGUGUGUGUCCUUGGCCUACAUCCAAAUGUGACCCACCUCUCUAUCUCUGUCUUUAUAGUCUGGUUUGGAGUCUUUGGAUGCAUCACUUCAGGUGUGCACACCAUCUCCACCAAGGACACCUGGCACAGGUCUGCCAGUUUUCUACUACAAUGCCUGCCAGUCACCUCCUCCUCCAGUUCAGCAACCCUGAGUUUGAGUUGCUGGAUCAUCUGUGCAUCUCCUGUGGACACGGCCUUCAAGGAGGACUGACUUGUCCAGACAAACCUCCAAAAACUCUCAAUAUCAAUGAGGCCUUACAUGGUACUGGCCUCCUGUUUAAAAUUUGAAUUUGGAUUACUAAACUGCUUAACCCUUCUUAAUAAGUUUAAAUUAUUUAAGUUAAAUUAUUAAAAUUAAGUUCAUAUCAAAUUAAGGAUCUAUUUAACACCCUAAGCUCCUGUAGUGCUCUUUCCCCUCGACUGCCGGCUGUGUGUUUGAACCUUUUCAGAAUGACUCAGACUUGCAUCUGGGGAUCUACAGGCAGGGGUGCAAACAGUGGGGAUGCAGAGGGGGCACCCAUCAAUAGCCAAUGACCUGUCUUCAAAGCAACACCACUGCCCCCAGCAUCCCCACUCCUCCGAAACCGUGAGGUUCUUUAGGGUGGGACCCUCUGCAAAUCACUCUCUGCUUCAAGGGGUAAAUGUUGAUACCCCACUCCUCAAUUGAAUGGAUUUUUAAGAACAGAUCCCCAAAUUCCGUGAUUCGGUCCCUUAAAUUGUGGUCCUAAAAAGGGACCCUCUUCUCCUUGAUUGCGAUAGACCAACAUGCAUCACUCUUAUUUUGAAGGGGAUGGCUGUAAGUUCCCUACUUACUGAGGUUCAUCAUUAUGGGGCCACAAUAAGAUUCUUGCAUACCUACUUCAAAACGGCUUGUUGCCCCCCGUCUCUAGGCACCUAAUUGUAAGGAAAAUGUCAGAAUUUACAAGUCCAGAGUGAAGAAGGAUUUGAACAAGAAUGGCUUUAGUGGAUGAGUCCACUGCAGCAUAGCAAGAAAAUUCUGGAAUAAAGUGCUUUGGGGGUGACCAGGUGACACGGAUGGCGUUUGGAAAGGCCAACCAGUGAGAGGCUGUGGCAUUUAAUGAAAACAAUGAAGGAGCUUCACCUAAAGAACUUCAUUUCCAAGCAUCGAAUGUCGGAGUGGUGCUUUGGACCUCAACAUGUGACACACUGCACAAGGUGACAGCUAAAGACGUGGAAAAAUACAGGAAUGAGGAAUGGCCACCCCAGACACCUGUAGGACCUGAAGAGGGCCAGGGAGUCAAGAAAGCCAAGAAACAUCAAAGGACAGUAGCAGUUCUAGGAAGAAGAGUAGGACAGACAAUGAGAGGGACUGGUCAAGCUAGCACUGCUGAAGGGGGCACCAUGGGGUGGGGGGCAGACACUUUGUAAUGCAAUACUAUUAUCUGUUAUCUGAAUUCAUGUUUUUAAUAAUAAUGGCAUAUUAAUUUUU